UGUCCGAUCAGUGGUCCGGAACGGGCGAGAGACCAUGAGCCCAGAAGGCACAACGCGACGGCCGACUCAUAGACAGCACUGGCACACGACGUCGACAGCUUCGCUGCAAGGAAGGUGUUCUUCAAGAAGGUGCAGGAUGCCCGGGAGCUCAACGUCAAACGCCAAAAAGGGUCUUCUGGAGCGUCUUCAGGAUGGCGUGGUGAUCGGCGACGGAGGCAUGAUGUCGGAAAUGUGCAGACGAGGAUACGCGAUUACCGGCAUAUGGACGCCCGAGGUGUGUGUCCAGCACCCGUCAGCAGUGCGAGAGCUGCACCGGGAGUUUGCCAGGGCAGGCGCCGGCGUGCUUCAGGCGCUCAACUUCUACUCCAACGACCAGAAGAUGAAAGAGCGCGGCCUCGACUGCACCGUGGAGGAGAUCAACCGCGCGGCGUGCAGGCUGGCUCGGGAGGUGGCGGAGGAGGGCGACCAGCUCAUCUCGGCCUCCCUGACAGCCACACCCGUGUUCGAGAGCGGCGCCUCGGACGAUGACGUCAUUGCCGACUACAAACAACAGCUGAAACCCAUCAUGGAAGAAGGCGUGGACUUCAUCGUUUGUGAGUGGCUGUUUGACAUCCGUGAAAUGGAGCUGGCGAUUGCGGCCGGCCGCAGCACCGGCCUGCCGGUGGUCGCCUGUAUGACGAUCGGCACGCGCGGCGACCGCAACGGCGUGUCGCCCGAACAGUGCGCGCUGAGGAUGGCCAGCGCAGGCGCCGACGUCGUUGGUAUGAACUGCGCGGUGGGUCCACGUAACGCUCUGGCCACGAUUCGGCGCAUGCGGCUCGCUCUGGAAUCGGCCGGCCUGAGCCGCCCGCUGAUCGUUCAGCCUAACGGUCUGAAGACACCCGACGACGGGACGGAGGCACACCACCUGCCCGGCUGGCCCCUCGCCAUGGAGCCGCACGUCAUGAACCGGCUCGAGGCGAGGGCCUUCGCUCGCGAGGCCUACAAGGAAGGCGUGCGCUACAUCGGCGGCUGCUGCUACAGUACCGUUUACCACAUCAGGGCGAUGGCCGAGGAACUGCAGGAGGAAGCCGGCGGUGUCGCGCCUCUGGCCUCGCACAGCGGCGGCUGGGCCCCGGAGCUGGCCAAUAACGACGACCCGGAGGUGGCAAAGAGAUCUACGAAGGAAUAUUGGAUGAACGUCUGUCCCACGGCGGUGGAGCCCAAGCCAGCUGCUGAGUUUAUGGCCGGUUGGGCCGACUGCUGCGGCUGCUGAAUUCAUGGCCGGCUAGGCGCACAAAGGCUCCUGAGUUUAUGAACGACUGCGCGCACAGCAGCAGCACUGCUGCUGAGUUCAUGGCCGGCUGAGCUGAUAGCAACUGCUGAGUUUAUGCCCGGCUGGGCCGACCCCUGCGGCUGCUGAGUUUAUGGCCGAUACAGCAGUUGCUGAGUUCAUGGCCGGCUGGGCAUACAGAAGCAGCACUCCAAAGGCUCUGAAUAUUAGCUGGCGGUCGUCAGAGAGUCCUUUGCCAUAUUCACGGGUACCUAAUCAUUAAACGUUCCUAUGGGACUCUUGUACUCCCCAUGAUGCUGGGUAUAGUGUAGUGAUAAGAGUACUCCUGUUCAAGAAAGGUCUCCUUCAUGAAUAAAAUGAUUAAAAUGCAACGCCU